AUGGAUGACUUCACAGAGGAUGUUGACGUUCAUGCAGUGAGCAUGUCUUCAGACCUGGUAAGCAAGAAAAUGUUUGCUCGUCUAGCUGAAGCAACAGCUGCUGACCCAGAUUUACGAACUGUGCUGCGCUGCUUGAGAAACGGCGAAGAACUACAAGGCUGCUUGAAACCAUUCAGCUCAGAGUUGACCGAAGUUCAAGGGAUUGUCCUGAAAGGAACAAAGGUCAUCAUUCCUAAGGCUAUGAGAGCUAAAAUACUGGGUCGCAUUCAUGAAGGUCAUUUAGGCAUAAAUAAGUGCAAAGCAAGGGCCCGUCGACUGGUAUUCUGGCCCGGCCUGAAUGGAGGCAUCGAAAAUCUAGUGAAAAACUGCGCUGUUUGCCAAAAAUACGCGUACAGGCAACAAAGUGAACCGGUAGUGCUCAGGCCAACCCCAGAGCAUGCCUGGUACAGAAUUGGCGUUGACAUCUUUAUGUACGCCGGGAGCUCCUACCUGUGGGUGUUUGAUGCGUUUUCGAACUUUCCUGAAGUCGAAAAGCUGCCGGACACAACGACGGGCACGGUCAUAAACAAACUUAGCUCAAUCUUUUCUAGAUAUGGAAUUCCCUUAGAAGUCUGCACUGAUAACGGCCCCCAGUUCGCAUCCCAUGAAUUCUCUUUGUUUGCCUCCAGAUAUGACUUCACGCACGUGACUUCCAGUCCAAGAUUCCGGCGGUCAAACGGGCUCACAGAAAAAGGAGUUCAAAUUGUUAAAAGGAUCAUGAAGACUGGUGAAAGGAAGGAGGACUUCUGGCUUGGUCUACUCAGCUAUCGCUCGACGCCACUGGACGAAGGCCGAUCUCCAGAAGAAUUGCUGCAGGGCAGGAAAUUGCGCAAUCGGCUGCCCGAAAUCAGACCGUGCUCUGGACGCCAGGACUUCAGGCGUCAGUCGCGCCAACCGAAGUCGUCGAAAGGAAAAACCCUGCCAGAACUCAACAAAGAUGCAGUCGUAAGAGUUCGUGGGGAUACAUGGGAUCGCAAGGCUCGUGUUUUGGAUAAGGUGGUGCCAAGGUCUUAUCGCGUCUUCACAGAAGACAGUCGGGUGCUUCGACGGAAUCGGCAACACCUUCUCGCCACACGUGAAUCUUUCCAGAGGGAUGAAGCGGAGGACUCAUCCACCGACGAAGCCAUGUUCCAGGAAAAUUCAUGGUUGCCGUCAGUGGUACAACCUGCGUCAACAGGAAGUUCGCCGGUGUCGACGACGUCAACCCCAACGCUAGAACACCAACCAAGGAAGUCCACCCGGCAAAGGCGAAAACCCAGCCGCCUUGGUUACGACGAGAACUUCAACCAAGUCACGUGUAUCUUGAUGUCAAAGCUCUAG